GCAUAAUAAUCGAAUAGUUGCUGAUGAGUCCUCACUCCAGCAUCAUGCUUCCAAAACAUUUCUUUGCGUCAUGCCGACGCUGGUAGUGACGAAGUGCUCCAGAACACUAUACUCCUCCUAUCUUACCUUUGCUCCCAGUCUUCUUCAACUCUCCCAUCAUCAGGACCACAGGGAUGUGAUGCUCUGACACUCCCUCACUCACAAGGCUGCACAACAACUUUACUCUACAGCCAGUGCUUUUAUUUGGUGGAGUGGUGUAGGACAAGCAAACUUACUGGCAGUAAACUCCAGACUGCGGGGGGUGCAAGAGUUUGCUGUGUGUUUUGUUUUUUACUUUUCUUUUCUGGAAGCAACACAUACAAUCCAGCAGUCCUGUCCUGUGCUGUGUUUCCCAUAUGUCGCGAAAGCAUGACUACAACCUCCGUAGUAUGAGCAACCUGAUGGGCGAGCGGUGGAAGAAAGCGGGCGACGGAGGAGAGCGGAGUCUCAUCAGAGCUUCGUCCAGCGCCAGCAUCGGCAGCCACGGCGCCUCCGCCGGAGCUUCCACCGCCACCGGUGCCCCAACAACAUCAACAUCAUCAUCAUCAUCAGCAGCAGCAGGUUCAGCCACAGCAGCCUCCUCUUCCACGGGGGACCUGGAGAGAGCUGCCCGAAAGCAGUUCCAGCAGGAUGUAACGCCCGGUUUCGUCUAUGUCCUGGCUGUGUUCUCCGCGUUGGGGGGCUUCCUGUUCGGGUACGACACCGGGGUGAUCUCCGGGGCCAUGCUCCUGCUGAAGAAGGAGAUGCACCUGAACGCGCUGUGGCAGGAGCUGCUCAUAUCAUGUACUGUGGCUGCGGCUGCCCUCUCCGCCCUGCUGGGCGGCUUCCUCAAUGGGCUCUUCGGGCGCAGAGUGUGCAUACUGUUGGCCAGCUUCUUCUUCACCGUCGGCGGGAUCGUGCUGAGCACCGCCCCCGGCAAAGAAGUGCUCCUGACGGGGAGGCUCAUAGUCGGAGUUGGGCUUGGUAUUGCCUCAAUGACAGUUCCUGUGUACAUCGCUGAGGCCUCUCCGCCCCACCUCAGAGGUCAGCUGGUGACCGUUAACACCCUCUUCAUCACCGGGGGACAGUUCACUGCCAGCCUCAUUGAUGGUGCCUUCAGCUACCUGCAGCGCGACGGGUGGAGGUACAUGUUGGGUCUGUCAGUAAUUCCUGCCUUGGUCCAGUUCGUGGGAUUCCUGUUCCUGCCAGAGAGUCCUCGCUGGUUAAUCCAGCGUGGACUGACCCAGAAGGCCCGCCGUGUGCUCAGCCAGAUCAGAGGGAACCAGAACAUCGAUGAGGAGUACGACAGCAUCAAGAACAGCAUUGACGAGGAGGAGAAGGACAGUGGAGGAGAUGGCCCCGUGAUCUGGCGGAUGCUGACCUACCCCCCGACUCGCCGAGCUCUCUUGGUCGGCUGUGGUCUGCAAAUGUUCCAGCAGCUUUCAGGAAUCAACAUCAUCAUGUACUACAGCGCCACCAUCCUGCAGAUGGCAGGAGUGCGGGAUGACAGGUUGGCUAUCUGGUUAGCCGGGAUUACCACCCUCACCAACUUCCUGUUUACGCUGCUGGGGGUGUGGCUGGUGGAGAGAGUGGGACGCAGGAAGCUCACUUUGGGCAGCAUCAUAGGUACAUGUUUGAGUUUAAGUCUGUUGGCCACAGGCUUCCUGAUAUCAGCACAGCACAGUCCUCCCAUCACCUUUCACCCGUUAGACCCUGCCAUGGCCAACUCUACCUGCUCCAAGUACCAGCUGUGUGAGCCAUGCAUGCUGGACCCCGCUUGCGGUUUCUGUUACCGUGAGAACAGUUCGGCUCUCCUCGCCUCCUCCUGCGUUCCUGUCAAUAAGGCCUCCACUGAGCAAGCCGCGUGGGGCAGAUGCUCUAACGUCAGCCUGAUGAAAGAUCACACUUACUGGGCCUACAACUACUGUCCCACCUCCUACUCCUGGCUGGUUUUACUGGGUCUGGUGCUCUAUCUCGCUGCUUUUGCACCAGGAAUGGGUCCAAUGCCAUGGACCAUCAACUCCGAAAUCUACCCGCUGUGGGCGAGGAGCACGGGGAACGCGUGUGCAGCGGGAGUCAACUGGACCUUCAACAUUCUGGUCUCGCUCACCUUCCUCCACCUGGCUCAGUACCUCACCUAUUAUGGAGCUUUCUUCCUUUACUCCAGCCUGGCACUGCUGGGUUUCAUCUUCAUCUAUGGCUGCCUGCCAGAGACUAAGGCCCGACGUCUGGAGGAGAUCGAGGCGCUGUUCGAAAACCAGCUAUGCUCCUGCGGCGCCUCGGAUUCCGACGAAGGGCGGCAGGUUGAGUACAUUCGAGUCAAAGGUUCAAACUACCACCUAUCAGACAAUGACGCAUCUGACGUGGACUAAGGAGAGUGUAGUGGUUUGUGGUCUCUUUCUCUCUGAAUGUUUUGUGUGGCUUUACUGGAACAUGCAGAAUGGCUGGGUCUGUAAUAUUUAUUUAUUUAUUUAUUUGUUUUUUACAUGAGCUGAGGAGUCACCAAAUGUACUAUUUUGCUUCUGUCAUUCAUGUGAGUUCACUUUCAGGAAUCUAAAACCAGUGAUGAUGCUGUAGUUUGAGUGGGAAACGUUUAGUCUUUACUCUAAUCUCUGAGUUGACGUCCAACCUGUUUUAAUCAGCAGCUGAGUCCUCGACCAUGCAUGUGGAAAAAGGCUAACACGAUACUGAUUCUGUGUCUUUUUCAUGGGACAGCAAACAAAACUGUUGAAUCCACAUUGAAAAUCCCCUCUCUGCUGUCAACCAGUGAAAAGGAGGUGUAGUCCAGUGUCAGAAAAAUAUCCAUCACAUUUUCUUUCUUUCUUUUUUUUUUUAAAAUCAAUGUCAAAUAGUAUUUAUAUUUGUUGUACAUACAGUAGAAAUCUAUAACAUGACAGUGCCGUCUAACAGAAAAUGGCACAGUAAUUGUGGUCAUGGAAACAAAAAGGUGUGUGCGUUGCCAUGUCAGCAGCUGUUAGGUAUCGUAGCUCUAUCGUACCACCCUGCCUUUCCGUAGGAAAACACACCCGAGUUCAGUGUUGUUGAAGCUUGUAGUGUUCGAGUCCUCAUGAUUGACAGUCUUAGCUUGUCUUUGCUCUCACACCUUAUUUGAGAAGGGAAACGCAGGACACGUGCACAUGUUUGUUGUUUAAAAUGAGCAAAUGUGUGUUGAAAAUGUAUCACCAGUUAAAAAACAUGUAUUUAUUUUUCAUUCAUGUCGAUUCCAAACAGUUUUGAGCUAACUUUGGAAGCUACGGUUUAAAUAUGAGCGCGUCAUCAGCCACAGCUGGUCGUCACUGCUGGAUAUGUAAGUUCUCACCUGUUAUAAUACAUCAAGCAAAGACAACCACUGUGUUCUCUCCGUAGUGGCAAAGAAAAAACAACAACAACAAAAUUUUAUUUAGUUAUUUCCCUCUCACCAUGAUAUUAUUAGUGCCUGUGUAUUGUGAAGGUGCCUAAUGGCCAUUUUAGUCACAUCGUAAACUGGACAUGUGUUUUGUCAUGUUACAAUUACUACUAAGUGGACAUCACUUUUUUUUUUUUUUUUUUAUUCAUCGACAUGUACAUAUUUGCCUCUCACCUAUGACAAGAGUAUUGUUUUUGCGUGUGUUUACAUUUUUUGUCUUCCUCCAUAGCCUCCUGUACAAACUCGCAGCGCUACUGUCUGUGGUUCUUCGUGUCAAACGUGAAGGCGUAGGAUUUAGUGUGAUUUGCCGGUGUUGUUUUGUAAAGUAAAACUGUGCGAGGCUUCUCCGUGUGUCAAAAACUAUUCACAGCCAAGUAAACGUCACGUAACUAAACAAAAUAGGUACGUUCAGGAGAGCGCUUACCUGCCACAAGGCCGAAAGGAUGUUCACAUCAAUGUCUCGGUCUUAGAAAUAAUGAAGAAGAAGCAGAAUACAGAAUAUUGAAACCA